GUAGAGACGAUGUGAGUAACGAGCGCCAUGGACGAUGCUAUACUCCAGCGGGUGUGUAGCCUUGCCACUGCUCUACGCCAGUCAGCGCACCUCCUUCUCGACCAGCAGUACAAGCUCUCAUUAGACACGUGGUCGCUUGGGGAAAUACAAGAGGCUUUCAGUUUGAUCCUCGAGAUAGAGCAACACACCAACUUCCAUGUCUUGCCUCCCAACCACCGCCAGCACCAGGCCAUUCCUCACCUUCAGUUUAUUUAUGACCUCCUUCAAAAGAUCUGUGGGCUAAGACUUUGGGCAAAGGAUGGGUACAGUCUUCCACUGAGUGAAACCAUAAGUCUGCGUUGCUUCCGAAACUUGCAAGCACUGGAACUGUUGCAUGUACCUGUGACCAGUCUGAAAGCUCUGCAAACCUUGCGGCCUACGCUGAGGUCAAUUGUAAUAGUCAAAGGACUGGCGCGCCUCAGUGAUCUUUUCGUACGUUGUGGUGCAGAUAAGGCUGGAGAGUUUGUGUGGGAGCAGCUUCAAGAGGCAGUGUUGAGUCGCAACUCCCUGCACACCCUAGACCACAGUCUCAGUCUUCUUCCCAGUCUUAAGAUAUUAGACUUAAGCCAUUGUGAACUAGAAGAUGCCUCAGCCUUGCAACACCUACCUAUCGUGUCCUUGUUGGAUAUUAGUCACAACCAGCUGCGACUUUUGCCACGUCUUUCAUCUACUGCUACCUACUCCAUUACAGUCCUCAUAGCUAAUAAUAAUCUAUUUUCUCAUUUAAGUGGUUUACAAGAAAUGAAAAACAUUGAGGAGCUAGAUCUGCGUGACAACGUGCUAAGCAUGAAGGACGUCCUCACUCCCCUCGGUGCCUUGCCUCAGUUAAGAAAUCUCAAGAUCACUGGUAACCCCAUCACCUGGGAUAUUAAUUACAGAAGUCACACUAUCAGAUACUUAAAUCCUGCAACUGCUAACCAUAAGGUGGUAUUUGAUGGUCAAGCCCUUUCAAGUCAGGAAUGUGAAGAGGUUGGCAUCACUAGUGUACAAGAUGGAUUCUCAUAUUCACCAGAACUUCUCUCAUCGCUCUCUUCACUCUCCCUUUGUUCUCCAGUUGAUCCUUUAUAUCCUGCAUCAGGAUUACUCUCACAGCCUCUGUAUUCACCACAAGAAACGAGCCUCAUGCAGACUGAUUCAUUCGAACCCCAACCGGAGAGUUUAGUGCAAGAGUCCUUAUCUACAUCGGUCAAAAGCUCAGGCAAUGGACAUCCCCGCAGAAAAUCGAGGAAGAAACGCACUCGACACAUAGCCAUCACAGAUCCUGAUAGUGAGAAUAUAGACAGUGACAGUAUACAUGUGGCAGACAAUGAUAUCUUGGAGAGAAUGGGAACACCACUGACAGUGUCAUUGCUGGAUGAUGCUCCACCCCUCAACGUGACUACAAGCCUCACCUUGACUUCAGGCCCUACCUUCCCUUCCAGGAUCAGCUACACUGUUGCUGAGGCACUUACUUCCCACACCCUCAAGACUACCAUGAGAACAUCUGCCCUAGAGCAGAGUGAUCGAUUGCUGGAGGAAAUUCUGCAGUCCAAAACACAGUCAGGGACACCAGGUGCUCAAAGUGAUAUUACUAUUCUAGUCAACACAGACACAAAUGAAGAUAGUGACCAAAGAGAAGAGUUAGACACUAGGAAGGAAGACUUGCUUGCUAGCAGUCCCUCUGAUCACAUUGAUAAGGAGAGCACUCCUGAAGACAAUCCUUCUGCUAGUGAUAUUCUCAGUGUGAAGACUAGUGAUCAACCAAGUAUGGAGUCAAGUAUGGAGUCUAGUUUCUAUAAGGGAAGCUCGAACUUUUCUCGGAGGUCGUCGCAGGAUGUGUCCCCAUCACAGAGUGGUAGUGAAGACGAGAAAGAUGAAGUGCACCGUGUCCUUGCUCAGAAAGAGACUGAAGAUCAGCCGCCAUUUGAAACGACUUUGAAGGAGGGAGAGGAACAUGUUCCAUCCAGUAAAUCCGUAGACGAUGUUAUCCUCGCUGUCACAAAUGUAUUUUUCAAGGAAAAGCACAGCAUCACAACCAGAACUCUCUUCAGGUGGGAGUUGCGGUGCAUUGAGAGCGUAGAGUUACUGUCGUCGUCGCCUCACAGGAUUCUUGUCACCUUCGACACUAUAAGACCUGCCUACAAGACAAGAACAUACAUCCUUGACACUCCUGAUUAUCAGAGUUUGAUGCAAGUUCUAACACCCAUUCUGGAAAGAAAUACCCUGCAGGAGAUGCUGCACUCAGCCAUGAUGUGCCUCAAGUGCGACACUCAGUUCUCUCGAGACUUAGCCAUUCAGCCUGAUGGUUCCAGUGCACUGAAAUGCCCCAACUGCGGUGGUGGCAUUGUGGUUCGUGUGGAGAAGGUGGAUCAUCCUGCUGUUCCAUCCUCUGCUGUGUACGACGCAAGAGGUCUACUCUGUAGCACACUCAUAGAUCAAGCAAUAACACACAAAUCAGGCUCCAGGGGAGAAACUCAUCUAGCAGGAACAGAUUCAUCGGUUUCAUAUUUGGGAGAAUCUAGUGAGAGUGUGAGCGUGUGCAGUGAGGCAUCAUCUUGUGUACGGCGAGAGUCUGACGUCGAAGUCAUAUCAAAUCCAUCUGUGUCUAGCAUUGAAGUUCUUAAUGAUCAACAUAUUAUUCAUGAUAUUAUUUUAGAAGAGGAAGGUGAUGAGGGGAGGGUACCGUCAGUUGCCACUGUCAACACUGAUGCUCGCACUCCGGCCAACUCUCCGAUCAUCGCACAGAAGCAGGACCCAGCCCCCUGUAUGCAAGAGAGCAGCUCCUCAGGUUCCAUGACAGGGAGCGUAUGUACGACUUAUGAGAAGACUGGAUCGCUUCCCACCUCUCCUCUCAAGACCAGUAUCCAGCAACACAUGCACACAGACACAGUCGACUCUAAAUGUAACACUAAGGAGACCAGCAGUGAUAUGUCAGGUGAUUUGUAUCAAACAGCCGAGUCAUCACUGCAGGUGACGCUGGAGGGAACUUCACCCUCAUCGCCGGGUAACUCGCCUCAUCUCAGCUCAAGUAGUGCCAGUAUAGAUACCAUAAAAAAUGGCACAUCAACCCUUUCUCUUCACCACAAAGCUGUAAUGACGAGUAUCCACGAUGAUGCAGGACCUCGUAAUAUAUCAUCCUGGGUUCAGUCUCUCUUGCAUACACUUACUGGUUACUAUUGGCUCUGGUGGGUGGAGGUGGCAGAAGUAGAGGGCAUUGAAAGGAUUUCAAAUCCCAUCCGAUACUCAUACGAAGACUUUACUGAUGUUGACCACCGCCUGAAGCUGCACUGUGAAGUUCUUCUCUUCCACGAGCCGGGGGAAAAUCUUCUGGGACUAGUUAAGGCUGUGUUGUUGAUCAGAGGUGGGAGAAGAGAGUUCCAAGGUCUUCUUGUCAUAUCAAAUAAAAAAUUAUACAUUUUGGAAAUCAUCGCUCAAGAGGACGACAAUCCUCAAACCUGGCUGGAGUUACAUUCUUCAUACAAUUUGCCAGAUGUGGCUACAAUCUAUAGCCUUUACCAACGACAAGGCUUGGCGCUCUCUGUAUCAGAAACUGUCUUGUUGAUAUCACUGGCUGAUUCUCAUCGGGCAAACUGCUUCUUCAAUUUUUUUAGUGAAGUGUUGGAUGAGUGUGGCAUUGCUCCAGGCAUAGAGGAGUGCACACCUUGUCAAGAGGAAGCCCUAACCCAGAAUAUCCAUGAAGCAAUAAAAUCUUCAGGGAAGGCAUCCGUACCUUCCAUAUUUGCUAUUGUCUCCUUACUCCUUGAUGGAGGAUGUAGCGAGAGUCAGUUUUUGGCUAUUAAUGAGACUGACCUUGUGUUUUUUUUCAUGCUGACCUUAAAUGGUACCUUCCCCCUAAGCCAGAGCCAAGACUGAACCUGAACCUUUCACAGAAAAUAUCUGACAUUACAGC